AUGGAUGUUGCCAACGCGAGCGAAGCGCAGCUGCCGUGGGCAUCCGAUCCCUCCUCUAAUUGCUGCUGGGCCACGGCAGCGCCCCCCGGUGGCGGGGAGGCCUACCCGCACCUAGAGGACAGCACACACCUGCCGGGCGUGCGCGCGGCGCUCAUCCUGGCAUACAGCACCAUCAUCGCCCUGGGCGUGGUUGGCAACUCCACGGUGAUCCACGUGGUUUUCCGUUUCCGCCGCCUGCGGACCGUCACCAACUUCUUCAUCGCCAAUCUGGCUUUGGCCGACCUCCUGGUGGCGUCCCUGUGCCUGCCUUUCACGCUGGCGUACACCCUGCGUGGCGAGUGGGCAUUCGGCCGGGCGUUGUGCUUCGCCGUGCCCUGCGCUCAGGGCGCCGCCGUGCACGUGUCCACCAUCACACUCAACGUCAUCGCGGUGGACCGCCUCCGCAGCGUGGCGCGCCAACCGGCCGGCGCGCCGCGCAUGUCCCGCCGAGGGUGCGGCGCUGUGGUGGCGAUCACCUGGACGGUCAGCAUACUACUCGCCAGCCCGCUGGCCGUCUUCCGUGAGUACGCCACCUUCCGCCUGGCGCCUGGCAAAUCCAUCCAGGUGUGCGCGGAGAAGUGGCCCGAAGAGGGUGGCAGCGCCCACUACAGCCUGGCCAUGAUGCUGGUGCAGUACGGCCUGCCUUUGGCUGUCAACACAGUGGCCUACGCGUGCAUCUGGAGCAAGAUGAACGCCAGCCGCUUGUCGCGCGCCCACCGCCGCCGUCGUAAGACCACCAAGAUGCUGGUGACGGUGGUGGCCGUCUUCGCCGUCAGCUGGCUGCCGCUGCACGCCUUCCAGCUGGCCGUGGACAUCGACGGCCGCGCGGUCUACAUGGAGGAGUUCAAGCUGCUCUUCAGCGCCUUCCACGUGGUGGCCAUGUGCUCCACCUUCGUCAACCCCAUCCUGUACGGCUGGAUGAACAGCAACUACAGGAGCGCCUUCCUGGACGUCUGCAGCUGCUACCGGUCCUUCAACAGACACAAAAAGACAAACAAAACGGCCUCUGCGCCAGCUUGCAAGUCCAAUAAGGGUUAAGUCUCACUUUCCACGAUCACGCGUACAGUGGUGCCUUGAGAUGCAAGUUUAAUGUGCACCUGUAGGUGCUACUGGCCCUUUAAAAGCUCCCAAACACAGACAAAAUGGCGUCGACUUGAGCGAAAAGUCCCAUU